AACCAUUUAAGGUACGAAUUACUAAAACAUUGUGCAAAGAAACUUCCGGUAAAAUAAUGGAAGAAGAAAGCCAGAGAGAAGAUGUAAGAAAAUUAAGAUCAAAUGUUUCUUCAGUGAAGCCAAUAGAUGAUGAAAAUUCCAAUUCCAAUGACGGGAAAAAUGAUGAGUCGUCUAGUAAACAUUUAAAGAUGCUAAAGUUUAGGAAUCCAGGGAAGUUUAUGGAAGAUUUCGAUCCAGAAAGAAGUGCACGGGAGAUGAGGAAAAUGAAUAGGAGGAUAUACAGAGAAAACAUUAAAAAGAACCAGGUAUACGACGAGAAUGGGAUCCUGUUGGAGAACAGCCAAGACUUGUGUGACUGUCUAGACGUUUCCUGUAAGGGGUGCCACUUCCCCUGCCCUAAAUGUGGCUCCCAGAAAUGUGGCACCGAGUGUCGAUGUGGAAGAAAGUGGAUUUACGAACAUGUUGAAGUGGAGGGCACAAACCUCAUUCUGAAAUGGCCGACAACAGAGAACAAAUGGUGAUAGUGGUGUUAAUUCACAGUUAAUAACGUCAAAGUAAACUAAAGGCAGCAUUCUUGACAUUGAUUUCAUAUGUAUUGUCAGUGUUAUCUGGCAUCUAAAAGCUCAAUGUUGCAGAGGAGACAAAGAAUGAUUAUAACUUUGUAAAAACUUUUGUAUGGUACUUCUCAAAAGUUUAUUUACAUUAUGAAAGUGAGAUCACAAUGUCAUAUGAGUGUUAUUACAGUGUACUUUCCUUACAAAUUUGAAAAAGACAACACAGAUUAUUCAUGGAAUGUCUUUAUUGUGGAAUGGAAUUACGGUACAUGUAUUAUAUUUUUAUACUGAAAGUAAAUUUCACAUAUUAUUGAGCAUUCUACUAGAAAUAGCAUUCAUUUUAGUAUUUCAGAACAUAAUUCCUAUUCAUGCAUUUGAUGCAAGUAUAUUUGUUACAAGUAAAAGUUAUUCACAUUAGAGAAAGUUGAUGAUGCAUUUUUUCUCUUGCAAAUAUGGCUGACAUGAACUACACUGGAAUCAUCAGAAUUUUCAUCAUCAUCAUUAUCAUUGAAUUACAUGUAUAUAAUUUUAAGCAUAGUUUAUUUCAAAGGAAAAACUAAUAAAUGCAUAUUUUUUGAA